UAUUUAGAAGCGCUCGUGUUUCGACACUUUCAUUUGCGUUACCUGAUAAGUACCUUGCGCCGUGGUGUCCGAACAGAUCCACGACUUACCAACAUGCGCAUGGCGUCAUCACUUCGAUAAUCACCGCAGGAUGAGCCUCAGAUGGAUCCUAUUCGUUCUGUCUGUGGUGGGGCUGCACCUAUAUGCUUGGCACGAGGUGGCGAACGCAACAUAUUUCACGGAGCAAUUUCCAUACGAAAAAAUGACUGGGAAGAGCAUCAACUAGCGUGUGAUACGGUGGUGACCGUAUUUUCGACUUCUGCUCUCGACGAUGAAUUGUGCCUGCGUGCGGCGGUGUACUACUCGAAGCUUGGGGCGUAUGCCGAAGUAUCGAUCAAAGGUUUCGAAGAUCUUCGCCAGGUUGUUGGGGCGCUGAACCAAUCACUCGCACACGAGUGGAGGCGUCAACCAGAGAGCGACGGAACGGCUGAAGCUCUAUUUAAUUUCAUAUUCCACGAACGCGCUAUGAUCGUGGUCGGGAAAUGGAAUGGUGACUGCGAUGGAUAUGUUGAGAAUGGCAGGGACUUUACGGUGGUACUAAAGCGAAGCAGACUGUACAGCUCCUUCAAGCAAACACCCGUCCACCUUUCCGGGGAGAAAGAUACGCAGGCCAACGCCAAUCGGCUCAUCGAUGGCGCCGACCGACGUGGUAAAAAGGUGUUCCGCUGUGCUGUAAACAUCAGCAGCACACUGUUCCAGAUGACGGGAUACGAAUUACCCCCAGAAAAGAGUUUGGAUGCAACACCAUCUCUCCGAUUUAUCGCGUAUGACCCCAAGACACAGCUUCAGCUUGUUGCUGUGGCACAGCCUGACGCCGUACUUGAGCUCGGUGGCGGACAGCAUUCACCCUGGAUGGCCAAAGAUAAACGCGAAGUUUUGGCCGGCAUCAUCGCACGGGCCCUCCGCCUCAAGGUCGCCCACGACGGUUCUCCAACCCUCGUGGUGCCAUGGUCCGGUGAGAACCUGGCGCUUGCGGACGAGGUUCAACCUGGAGAAACGACCAGACCUCGAAGGGAUAAGGUUCUGAAGUUCGCGAAGCGGAAGGGCCUUUCAAAGCUGGAAGUGUUUUCCACUCGGGUGACGGGUUUCGAGGUGAUUAUCACAGUAUUCGGGAAGACUGAUGCAAUCUCAUCUGUCCCAGCGGUGGUGGUCGAUGAUGAUGAUGCCGACGACGAUGAGCGACCACCGCUAACCUUCAAUCUGUACUGCCCUAAGCUGACCGAGAGCGUCGACAUCGAUCUACCUUACUCGAUGCAGAAAAUGAUGACUGGUUGGAGCAUAUUCCAAAUCCCCAAAGGUGAAGCUCGAUCCUCGGCGAUUAGGCGAACUGCACGAUUUCUAUGCGUGUCGUUACCACCUUCAUCAAAAGGCUUACAAGCAGAGUUUUUGUUUAAGGCCCAAAAGCCGUGGUUGGUGUCAUACAGUGAGCUGGAUACGUCUGACUGCCCUCGUUCCCAAAGACCUCGGGGGCAGCCGCUCAUCUUUGUUCCGGCGGAUACGGAUGGUGACCUGAUCACAUCCAAGGGAAUUUCUCUUGGAGGUCUGAAGGUACUACUUAGCGUGUACACGAAAGAGAGGGGACGGCCUGGUAGAGAAGGCCUGGUUUUCGAGAUUUACAAUCAGGAGACCUCCGCCACGGCCACAUUGCAUGUCUCAUCACAGCACCUUCUUCGUCAGGCAAGUAGACGACAAAGUGCAUUUGCUGGAAGACGGUCGGCUACUUGGAACAAUCUUCCUCUUGACCAAACGUCUACUCCUUAAGAAGUCGGCCGCUGGAGGGUGGGAUCUCUUCCUGGACAGGAAACGGGAGCCUUGCCUGUUCAUGGGCAUGUGACGCAAGGGAAAUUGUGAGGAUGGAAGCCGAAUGCUCGCAAGAUAACUCUCUCUUUCGGGAUUUAAGGUGUUGGGUGGUGCCGAGGCGCACUGCCAGUGUCUACCUCCAAUGACGGAGGACUGGAGAGGUUAGCGGAGCGGAUAGGCUACCAAUCCGUUUAACUGGGUUUAUCUGCCGGUUGGUGUGGCGUCAACCUUAUAUGUAAAAGUAUCUGUGGGGAUAGAUGUCGGGGGUGGGCGAUGUGGUGCCCAAAUGUCCUUUGAAACCUCCCUAGCCAAGCAUCGUUCACUGUAUCAUGCCUUAUGUUUUCGACAACCCGGCCGUCCGCUGUUUUCCCCAACCCUGGCGUUUUUGAGGAUCGUUUGCUCCCAUCUAUGUACAUGG